AUGGCUCAUACUCGAGCACAGUUAGCCGCCCAGAAGGGGCGCACAUCGUCGGCGCCAAAAGAUCAAGGAAAGCGACCCCAAGGAAUCCAGAAAAGCGCCCGUCGCACGACCCGUCUCCACCAGCGACUAGCUCCCGAGCUCACUGGAUGCGAUCAACCGUAUCCAUCUCCAACCAAGAAGACUCUAUCUCGACAGGGUUCCGCGACACCUGGCGAGCGUGGCACGAAACGACCCGUCGACGCACUCGAUCGCGACCUUAACUCCCCUCAGAAGAGGCCUCGGCGAUCUCCUAGAUUGACUCUUGUGGAGAAUACUUCCGACACACCCCCGACCAACAACGGCGGCACAUACGAGCCGGCCAACCCGAUCGAUUUUUGGGCGAGAGAAGGGCAGUGGCCGCAAGAAUACUUUAAACUCGACAUGGAGCAUUUACUUGCCCGAAAAAGGUCCUCGUCGUCUCUUGUCCGCAAGCGAUCAAAUUCUGCCACGUCCACGACACCCAGCGAUCAGAAGCCGAGGGAAGAGAAGAGUGCACCCUACCGAGAUCCGCGCUAUGAGACCCUACUAGGGACCAAAGGCAGUUUCAUGGUUAAGUCCAACCUGGAUAUUACCAGCGCAAGCAAAGGUCUUACUAGGACUUUAUUUGAGACGACCCAAGCGGUUCCUGAGGAUUCGCUAUUCCGCGACGAUGUUUUCGAAUCCACUUGCCAAAAGAUCCAUAAUAGAAAUGAGGCCCGAGUUAUUCAAGACAUCACUCGGCUUAUCGUUCCCUCGGCCGAGAGUCUUGCCACAUUCGGCGCCAAGCACCUUGACAUCUUGAUAGAGAGCGUCAAUGAGGGCUGGAACAACUCGAUCCCGUUGACUGGGACUCGUCCCCAACCCGACUACUCUGUGGGCUUUAGACGCGAGGCAUUCACCGACGACCAGCUCGCCAAGCUGUCUCCAUUCCUUGGCGACUUUAUCGCUGGAGACCAAUCCCUCUUUAUGGGCACGUACUACAUGUACUUCCCAUUCCUAACGUGCGAGGUGAAGUGCGGCGCCGCAGCGCUGGACGUGGCGGACCGCCAGAACGCUCACAGCAUGACCCUUGCGGUACGGGCCGUUGCCGAGCUUUUUCGUGCUGUGAAGCGUGAGGGCGAGAUCCACCGACAGAUUCUCGCGUUCUCCAUCUCGCAUGACCAUAGGUCAGUGCGAAUCUACGGUCACUAUCCCGUGAUGGAUGGGAAGAAGACCAAGUAUUACCGCCAUCCAAUCCAUGAGUUUUCUUUCACAGCACUAGAUGGCAAGGAGAAGUGGACAGCGUAUCGUUUCACGAAGAACGUCUACGACACAUGGAUGCCCGCUCACUUCAAGAACAUUUGCUCUGCUAUCAACCAGUUGCCGGCCAACUUGGACUUCGAUGUCCUGUCGCUUUCAGAGACAGGUCUUUCCCAGGACUUGGAAAGCCAUCAUUUGUCGCAGUUGGAUGCUGACACCGUGUCAUUACCUGUUGAGCAGGACAGCCACUCGGGCGAUGCGGGACAGGAAAAGGGUACUCCAGGCACUUCUUUUACAGAUCCAGGGGCGGCCAAGAGGAGGAAAGGCAGGAAGUAG